UUGCCACAGUGAAAUUAAUUCUAGGCAUCGUGGAAUUAAUUCUGGGCGUCGUGGAAUUAAUUCUGGGCAUCGUGGAAUUAAUUCUGGGUGUCGUGGAAUUAAUUCUAGGCAUUGUGGAAUUAAUUCUGGGCGUCGUGGAAUUAAUUCUGGGCGUUGUGGAAUUUGUGGUUGCCGCAGUAGAAUUAAUUCUGGGCGUUGUGGAAUUAAUUCUGGGUGUUGUGAAAUUAAUUCUGAGUGUUAUGGAAUUAAUUCUGGGCGUCGUGGAAUUAAUUCUGGGCAUUGUGGAAUUAAUUCUAGGCGUUGUGGAAUUUGUGGUUGCCGCAGUAGAAUUAAUUCUGGGCGUUGUGGAAUUAAUUCUGGCCGUCGUGAAAUUAAUUCUGGGCAUCGUGGAAUUAAUUUUGGGCAUCAUGGAAUUU